AUGCAUCUCACAAAAUACAGGCCUUUCGAUGUCGUGGUAAUAGGAGGCGGCCACGCCGGCUCCGAAGCAUGCGCUGCAGCCGCCCGGUCCGGAGCCCGCACCGCCCUCGUCACGCCGAAGCUCGACAACCUGGGCGUAUGUAGCUGCAACCCUUCCUUUGGCGGCAUCGGCAAGGGCAUAAUACUGCGGGAGAUCGACGCGCUUGAUGGGCUGGCAGGUCGCAUCAUCGACAAGGCAGGCGUGCAGUUCAAGGUGCUGAACCGAAAGAAGGGGCCUGCGGUAUGGGGUCCACGCGCGCAGAUCGACAGGGAGCUAUAUAAGAAACAUAUGAGGGAGGAGCUGGUCAACUAUCCUGGUCUUAGUGUUGUUCUCGGCAGCGUCUCGGAUAUCGUGGUUGGACAGACACAAGACACGGACGGACAGACCUUUGGCGCGAAAAGCAAGAUCACGGGCGUGAGACUCGAGUCUGGCGAGAUAUUGCCUACGAACCACGUCAUUAUCACGACGGGGACUUUCUUGGGCGGGGAGAUCCAUAUUGGCCUUGAGGCAUACCCAUCAGGGCGGAUGGGCGAGGCAGCCACCUUCGGUCUGAGCAAGUCAUUACGCGACGCAGGCUUCCAACUCGGGCGACUAAAGACCGGAACACCACCGAGGCUCGACAGAAAAACCAUUAAUUACUCUAUAUUGGAGCCUCAAGAAGGUGACAAUCCGCCCAUGCCCUUCAGCUACCUCAACGACAAGGUCUCCGUCCAAGACCAGCUGCUCUGCCACGCAACCUACACCAACGGCGCGACACAUGACGUCGUCCGCGCAAACCUCGACAAGACGAUUCAUAUCCGCGAGACGGUCAAAGGUCCCCGUUACUGCCCAUCCCUGGAAGCCAAGAUCGUCCGGUUCGGCCACAAGGAGAGGCACAUCGUGUGGCUCGAGCCCGAGGGCUUCGACACGGACGUUGUGUACCCGAACGGGCUCUCCAUGACCGUCCCGGCCGACGCGCAGGAGCAGCUCCUGCGCACUAUCGCCGGGCUGGAGAACGUCACGAUGCUGCAGCCCGGCUACGGGGUCGAGUACGACUACGUGGACCCGCGGAGUCUGCGGUCCACACUCGAGACCAAGGCAAUCAAGGGCCUCUGGCUGGCGGGCCAGAUCAACGGAACGACGGGCUACGAAGAGGCAGCCGGGCAGGGCGUCAUCGCCGGCAUCAACGCGGGCCGGGCGUCACAGGGCCUGGAGCCGAUAAGCCUCACCCGCAGCGACGGGUACAUCGGCGUCAUGAUCGAUGACCUGGUGACCAAGGGCGUGUCAGAGCCAUACCGCAUGUUCACAAGCCGCAGCGAGUACCGGCUCUCGACGCGCGCGGACAAUGCCGACACGCGGCUGACGGCCAAGGCCCGGCGCUGGGGCGUCGUGUCGGACAAGCGGUGGAGCGCACACACGGACGAGCAGCAGGGCAUGGCGGACCUGACGAGGCUGCUGCAGAGCCACAGCCUCUCGUCGCAGGCAUGGCUGCGCAGUGGGUUCCGCGUCAAGGAGGACACGGUCCGGCGGGACGGGAUGGACAUCCUGCGCCUGGCCAACGUGACCAUGGAGACGUUCGCGGAGCGCGGCGUCAUCCCCGGUGUGAUGGGCUUCCCGGAGCGCGUGCGCAACAGGGUCGCCAUCGAGGCCGCCUACGCGCCGUACGUGGCGAGCCAGCUGCGCGACCAGGAGAAGUUCGAGCGGGACGAGCAGCUGCGGUUGCCCGUGGACCUGGACUACGACGCCAUCUUCGGCCUGAGCCUGGUGGAGAAGAGCAUCCUCAGGACCACGAGGCCAGAGAGCCUCGCGCAGGCGAGGAGGCUGGAGGGCAUCACGCCCGCCGGGUGCAUCCGGCUGCUGGGGUACGUGCAGCGGGGUGCAACUCCCGCCGGCAAGGCUGCCGAUCUAGAGCCUCUUGCGGCCCCGGGCGAGGACCAGGAGACCAUGGAUGCCAAGGCCCGGGUCGCUGAGCUGUAG